GUCCAAGGGAAGAAGAGGAGGAGGAAAUGGGUGGAGAAGCGUCGCGUGCUGCUGCGGCUAAAGGUCAUUAAGGCGCGCGGUUCGUUCGUUGCUGAACAGAUGCAGGUCGGUGUGUGAAUGAGAGAGAGCUCUAGGCGGAGAGAGAGAGAGACGAUGAACCGUAGCUGGUGUUGCUGUGUGUGAGAGGAGAGAAGAGGAGCGGGAGUUGGAGAGACUGAGAGAGACAGACAUGGACGACUCGGAUCCUGGUGGAGAAGACGGUAUGGUCGGUGGCUGGCGGUGGAAUAACCGGAACACCGGAGCUCGAGACCAGGUUCAGCUCAGGCAGAAGAUCCGGGAUUUACCGGGACUAUUGAAACAUGGACUGCACCUACGGAAGAAAAGCCAGUCACCUGAUACCAUCCCUGGACCCAGCACCAGCCCUACUGUUCACAAGUCCUGCUCCCAGAGUUUCCCUUGUGCAGGGCGUGCAGUGAGGAAUGCGUUCCUGUCUAAUGGGCCGUACCCCGCUAAAGACAAGAUUCACCUCGCCAGGAUCAUAAGGCGUAGCUACGUGGGUGUAGACCUGGUCCAGUGGCUGUGUGAGCAGUGUGUGUACGUGCGCUGUCGGAGCGCGGCCGUGCGCGUCUGGCAGGUCUUACUGGAGCUGGGCAUCUUGCUGUCUGUGGACCAGCGCGUGGUGUUUGGGGACUCUAACUCCUACUACCAGUUCAGCUUUGAGGAGUGUGAGUCUGCAGCCUGCGAGUUCUGCGGCCUGGAGAAGGAGUCGUGGCCAGAGGCUGUUAGGCUCCUCCUACAGCUUGUACCAUACGUCCAGUUCAGAACUGGGUCUGAGGAGGACUCAGAGGGGAACAGAGAUGUCUGCGGGGACAGCUUUCUCCAGAUGAAAGCGCUAGAUAGGCUCACCUCCACGGUGCAGAAUGAGUUGGCUGCUGCUCUCGCCCGCAAGGCUCGCAAAGCCAUGGCAGAGCAGGGUGGCCCAGAGUCAGCAGACGCCACCCCCCGGGAGACACCCAUACCCAGCCACGAGAACACCACGCCCCCAUCCUUGCAGCUGGCGGGUGUGUGUUCGCUCCGCGGCAACGUGGGGAGUGUGUGUGUGCGGCCGGACGGUGUGUGUGGACGCGAGGAGCUGACCAGACUAGAGCUGGUCCAGAGACUGGCUAAGGACGGCUGCAGACUGCUACAGAACCAGAACUAUAGAGUACCAGACCACCGCAACCCCACGGGAGAGGUGGUAGGGAGGGUGUGUCUUAAGGAAAGGGGGCGGGAUGUCCUUGUGCUACAGAGAGUGCCAUCAUCAGUGACAUCAUCACCUAACCCCGCCUCCUCACCAUCAGGGGGAGGAGCCAGAGAGGAGGAUGGAGAGAAGAGGUAUGUGGUGGUGUCUGGAACACCCCUGAAGAUCCUAGAACACCUGCUGAGUGACCUACGACUGGACGACCAGAGAGGAGCGCCAGAGAGCAAAGAGUCUGAGCUGCUGCUGGAUGACUUCCUGUUGACGUACCUGGUGUUCAUGACGACCAACGACCUCUGUCAGGCCCUGCUCGGACACUACAACAGUAAGCGUGUGUGUGGCCAGGAUCAGGAAGAGGGGAAGGAGGCCCUCUAUAGGAAGAGGAAGGUUUUACACCUGGUCUCUCACUGGACACACCUAUAUAAGGACUUCCUACGAGAGGAUGAACACAUCAAGACAUUCAUGAAGACUCUCUCUAGGUGUUUGUUAGAGGAUCUUUAUGAGUUUCCAUCUCUGGAGAAAGACAUGAAGGAGUUCCAGAAGCUUCUACGACGCAGACACACGGUGGAUGAAUGUCCUCCACAACAAAAGAGUAAACCUAUGUUCCAGCAGCGCAGUUUAAAAGAGAACAGUCUGCCGCUCCGCCCCCAUCAGGUUGACACCAAGGAGGUGCUGUGUCGUGUGUAUGUGAGUGCUGACUCGUACCUGUGUGUUCACACACACUCUUUGCUGAGUGUCUCAGAGCUGCUGAGGAUUGUGGGUCAGAAGAUGGACCGACCAGAGGAGGACAUGGUGCUGGUGACACACACACACACUGGAGAGAGGAGGGUGUUACAGGCUGGUCAGUGUGUGUAUUCUGAGACUCUGACGCCACAGAGCAAACUGAUGGUCUGUCAGAGGGACCUCACACAUAUUAUGGCCCCUCUAACAGACAGUGAGCUGAGUAGGAGAACAGUGAGGCUGCUGGGUAUCAACACCUGGGAUAUGGCUGCUGCUCUUACACAACUUGACUGGAACCUCUUCAACUACAUACACGAGCAGGAGUUGGUGUAUUCCACAAUGAGCUGUAGUACCGGAGACAGCCACCGGGAGGGGCUGUCUGUAUUACUGCAGCGCUGUAACGAGGUCCAGCAGUGGGUCAUGUCUGAGGUCCUGAUGUGUGUGUCGCUCAACAAACGAGUCCAGCUGCUCAAGAAGUUCAUCAAGAUCGCAGCGCAUUGUAAGGCCCAGAGGAACCUGAACUCAGCGUUUGCCAUCAUCAUGGGACUCAACACUGCAGCUGUCAGCAGACUCAAUAUAACCUGGGAGAAAGUUCCGGGGAAAUUCAAGAAGAUCUUCUCUGAACUGGAGUUGAUCACAGACCCGUCUCUGAACCAUAAGGCCUACAGAGAUGCCUUCAAGAAGAUGAAACCUCCUAAGAUCCCCUUCAUGCCCCUGCUGUUGAAAGACAUCACCUUUAUCCACGAGGGAAACAAAACCUUUCACGACAACCUGGUCAACUUCCAGAAACUGCACAUGAUCGCCGACAUAGUGCGUCUGAUUCGCCACUGCCAAAGCGACCAACUGGGUAACGAGGUGGUGGGCAGCGACAGUCCGGAGGUCAGGGCGAGUGUUCACUACCUCCACAUCAUCGACAAUCAACAGACACUCUUCCAACUGUCACACAAACUGGAGCCACGCGCCUGAACACACACACACACACACACACACACACACACUCCUAGAGGAACUGUUGACCUCCACAGAACCACAGAAAAUACACUUCCUGUGUCGAAGGUGCCAUGCGAGCCACUGUCUCUCAGCCAAUCACAGUUCAGCAUCCUGAUACAGCCAGCCAAACACAGUUCAGAAGACUGAUUCAGCCAGCCAACCACAGAGCUGCACACUGAGGCGGCGUUCAGACUGAAAAUAAAUAUCUGCCAAAACCUAAUUCAGAUAGUUUUUCUACGAGGGUCGAACUUUGACCGACGACAAAGACUUUGAAGAAGACAGGCGGCCCAUUCGUUAUUGUUCUGUCGUGGAUACAGUUUUUAAGCUACUCUCCAGCUACUCAGACUGCGUGCCGUUCUGUUUCUGCUCUGAAGUUAACAGUCAGUUUCACUGUAUUGAUGAUCCUCAGUAGGAGAAACAGUCAUGUGACUGCAGAUAGUUAUGGAUGGUAUAAAUGUACAGUAUAUUUAGACGGUAUAGACAUAAAGUAGAUGUAUACUGUAUGUGUUCAGGCCACAUGGUGAGCCUCUGCCAAAUGCCCAGAUGGGAAAGAGAUGCCAUAUACAGAUAUAUAAACACACGCAAACAGCUUUUCACAUGUAUCCAUAGUAACAACAAAGCCUGGUCCUGCCAUACCACAAAAGGUCAUAAUAUUACACAUUGUUAUUAGACGUUAUAACAUGGUAUUAUAGAGAUAGUUAUUACAUUGUUAUUACUCUUUUACUGACUGAAGAGAUUGUUCUGUUGUUUCAAUGCCUUUUACACACAGAUUUCACUAAGCAACAAGGCCUGGGUUCAAACCCAGUCAAUGCAUUCUACACUGAUCUAGUACAUCACUGUUGAGGCUUGGUGUAUUCACACUGACUGAUCUAGUACAUGCACAUCUAUCUACAGUGUCCAGGUGUGUAGGAGCAGGGCAGCACUGCUAUAUGACUAUGUAUUGUAAUAUUUAGAUUAUUUAUGUUUCUCUAAAGGAGACAGAAUGUGACGGUCCUGUGUGCCAUAUGAGACGGCAGCUGUAUAAAGACAAUAAUACAACCGUAAAGAUAAACAGGGUAAUGCUCAGAUGUGUAAAGAUAGUGAACUGUGUAUAAAAAGGUUUGACGUUGGAGCUGAAAUGCUGGAAUGUUUAAAACAGGAGACGAGGGAAUGGAGGUGGUCCAAUUAUUGUUACUGUCCCGUGUGAUGUCAAAAAUACCAAUGAAAAGGAGAGUUUUGUUGUUGUUUUUCUUGCCAUUGUCAUGACGAUGUAAAGUUCUGUUUUAAAGAAUGUUUUUGUGUUUGCAUGACGUGACGACCCCACCAGAUCACAAUGCAAGAUGACAGAUCUUAUUCUCUAUAUAAUACAUUACUUUUGACCAGAACCCAUGUGGCCCUGGUUAGAAAUAGUGUACUAUAUAAGCCAGGGAAUAGUUUUGCUAUAAGGAUUUAUACUACUGUAAUAUUGUUGACUUGUAAUGUUAUUACUAUAAUGCAGGGUUUCCCAACAGUUUCCUCGGGCCACACAGACGUUUCACAUUUUUGUUUUAACCCUAAACUGCCAGCCUGAUUCAGUUAGUCAGCCAAUCAUCAAGCCUUUAACUAAUUGAAUCAGGUGUGCCAGUUUAGGGUUAAAACAAAAAUGUGAAACAUAUGUUGGAGGCCCGUGGAGAGGGUUGGGAAAACCCUGCUAUAAUGUUAUUAUUAUUUUUAUUAUGAUGUUUGAGAUGUUAUUAUCUAUGUUUAAAAGUAGACUCCACAAUAUGACAUCAUAAAGAGCGGGGCGACUGCUUAUAGCAACAUCAUCAAUAGAAUUCAACGCUGCCACGAUUGGCUCUGCAACUAUUGUCUCCAACUUGUGCCCUCCCUUGAGGAGAUUAGAAUUAUUUUGUUGUUUUUGUUGUUGUUAUUGUUUCCCGCUGUAUGUGAUGUCAUAUUGCUUAGUGUACUUUUAAAGAAAAGAGAAACACAGAGCAAUAUGCCCCCUCCCUAACUGCUGAAGCCACACCUCUUUUCAAAAGAGCAUUUUACUACAUAGAAGUUUUACUGGAGAUUGAAUAAAUUAUAGGUUUUAUGGCAUAUUAAA